AUGCUCAAGUUUCUGUCUAGUUUUUUCAAAAGUGUGCUAAAACCAGGAAAACCAAGUGCUGAACCUCCGACUAUUUUAUGGAAAGAUAUUUUGGAAAAAGAUCUCGUACCUCGGAAGUAUCGCAGAAGUAUGCUCCUACCAUCGAAACGCGUCCUUUUUUGGAAAACGGAGGAGCCGGUGAAAGACAAAAGAAAACAAAUGCAAGUCGGAUUGAACAUGAUGUUUCAAUUUGAUUGCGAAGACAUUCCGCAUAUCAUAAAAACUCAAAAAGCUUUCGAUCAGGAGUUGUCUGUAGCACUACCAAAAGUGGGCUCCUGCUCCGAACAACAUUUUUCUACCGUAUUCUUUCAGAUUUCAGCACUUAUGAAAAAGAAAGUAUUCAAAGACAAAGGAGACACUUCUGAAAACGGUCUCACAAUAAAAAUGAGUCCUGAAUUCGAGAAGUUGAUACCGGAAACUGCUACAAUCCGCACUUUAGCUGACGACGUGAGGAUAACGUCUUUGCUGAUCAACGAUUCCCCAUUUCAAAUUGUUCGGGACGGAAUCCCGAUCAGUUCCGCUUCAGUUGCUCUCACACCAAUUGCCGGUCAAUUUUGCAUGCCAGCCAUUGUCUUCAAUAUCAAAAGUACACCAAUUCAAUGUCAUUGGUUCGUGAAAAAUGAGGUUCAAAAAGAGGUUCCAGUAGGAAAGGAGAAGCCGGGACCAACCAAAAAAGAUAUCGAUUCAAUGGAACUUUCAUUUUUGAACGAAGAGAAGAGGGAAUACAGUUUGAAUGGAUACACUUUGAAGCAUAAUGGAGAAUAUUUCAAUCCGGAUGCAAGCGACGUGGGACGAUUAGUUGCCGUUGUGGUCGAUACGGGAGCUGAUCAUCCAGUUUAUGCGGCAAUCAGUUUGAGACCAAUCAGCGAUCCAAUUGAAGAAGUCAUCACAGAUAGCCAAGUACGGUGGUGUAAAGAUAAUAAUUUAGACAGAGAUGUAAUACGAAUCAUGGGCUACAACAUUCUGGCAGAUUUGUAUCUUAACCUCAACUUGGAGCAGGAAGAACUUUUCUUCAAUUACUGUCCGAAAGCCUAUCAAAGGAUUUUUCAUCGAACGCCAAUUUUUCUGAAGCAGAUUCGAGAUUUCAUUGAUGCUCAAGUUUCUUUGUUUUUCCUCCAAGAAGUCGACAUGCGAAGGAAUGAGAUGUACAUUGAACCAUUCCUGAAAACGCUGAACUACUCCAGUGAAAUAUCAAAGAAAGGAGGUCAAAUCAGUGAAGGAGUUGCUUUGAUCUAUGAUAACAAAUUGUUCCGAAUGCUCUACUCAAAUUCGUUCAAUUUAGCUGAACUGGUUAUUUCUGAACAGUGCAAUUCGGAUAUUUAUAGAAUGUUGAAAAGUUCUGAAGAAUCUGAAAACCGGUUCAACACAAGACAAACAAUUGUGCAGAUCGUCGUAUUGGAAGAAUCAAAAUCUGGAAGACUUCUGGUUUGUGCCAACACUCAUUUGCAUCAUAAUCCAUUAGAUGAGCAUGUGAAAGUGCUACAAGCGUUGGUUUGUAUCCGAAAGCUAAUGGAAGUGUACAAGAAGAGGAAGUCAGAAUCAGGUCGGGAAAUUCGCGUCCUUUUUGGAGGCGAUUUCAAUAGCACUCCAGAUGGAGCAGUGUUCCAAAUGAUGGCUAAUGGAUUCUUACCAAAGGAGCAUGAAGUGUGGAAAUGCGACGAAAAAGUGGUUGCUGAAAAUAUUCAAAUCGAGCAAAAGCUGAAGUGUCUCACUGGAACGCCCGAGUACACAAACUACACCUCAGCAAGUAAAAAAGAAGGAUUCGUCGGGUGUCUGGAUUAUAUUUGGGGACUUGAUGUUGAAACAGUUCGAAAUUGUCCGAUGCCAGAACAUGAGAAGGUAAUCCGAUACAAAGCCCUUCCAUCAGCCAUUUCUCCCUCUGAUCAUCUCCCAGUAAUUUGUGAUAUCAAAUUGUGA